AUGUAUCUACUCCUCACAUUCAUAAUAUUAAGAGCUGCACUUGCUGUCGCGGCAACAUGUGACAGCAUUACCAUCAGUUCAGAGGAUGAUGCCAAUACGAUCCAAGGCUGUAGAACUGUGACCGGAGACGUCGUUCUGUCUACUGAUAUCACAGAUGCCAUCAGUCUCGAGGGCGUCGAAGAGAUUGCCGGCAACCUGAAAGCCUCAGGGUCUCCAAUUACCUCCUUAUCAGCACCUAAAUUACGCUCGAUUGGCCGAGAUCUGGCUUUGCAUGGGCUAGCAGAGGCAACUGACAUUUCGUUUCCGCAACUCAACGAGAUAGGUGGAGUUUUCGAUCUAGAUUCUCUGCCAUCGCUCACGGCAUUGAAUAUAUCGGUUCUGACCUCUGUUGAGUCAUUUCAUUUGGGCUCAAUGGCAAACCUUACCAAGAUGGAACUACAGCAUCUGUAUAAUGUUACAGGUGCCAAUCCAACAGUCAAUAUUUCUUCUGUUGGCUUAGAGAGUGUCUCAGGUUUCAAUGAAACCUCCCGCCUGAAAUCCUUCACGUUGCAAAACGCCCCGAAUCUGAAGCUUCUGCCCAUCAGGACUGCGGAAAUCGAUACUCUGUUCAUUAACGGGAGUGGGGUCUUGACCGUGGACUUUUUCGUCGGUAAUAUGGGUCCAAAGUUUAUUGGUGCCCUGAACAUCACUGGUUGCGCCAACUUUUUCCCCUUCCCUGAUGCUACCACAGUCAACGCCCUGAACCUCUACCAGAACACAUUUUCGGACUUGGAGCUGGAGUUACUCGAGGUUAAGGACUCUAUACGUAUCAUGGACAAUCCAAAUCUUGAUCAUGUCUUGUUCCCAAACUCCGAUCUGGUGAGAAGUGUUAUUUAUGGCCCACCGACAGGUUCCAAGGCGCCCCAAUGGAAGGAGCUGGUGAUCACAGGGAACCCAAAACUAGAUAGCGACCAGCUGGACUUCGCCGACACAGACUGGGGUUUUUGGUACUGGGGUGCUCGAAAUCUUUCGACUCUCAUCAUGACAGGAAGUAGUCUACACAAUAAGUUCUUCGAUCCGGAUGACACGACCGGACAGAGAUUACCGGAGACAAAUCAUACGUACACCACCGCUGAGUUCAGAGUUAGCACUGAUGCCAUUGGUUUCAACUGCUCUUUCUUGGAUUCGUUAAGGUCGAAGGGUCUGUUCCAGGGUAGCUACAGCUGCCAAGGAAACACGAUACCCGCUGGGCCGGUCCCUGGCACGGCGAUGAGCCGGGUUAUGUCGGUCGGGAUAUUGCUAGGUUCAACAUUUAUUGCUGCUUCUUUUGUCGCCAUCUGA